CGUAUGAUCUAACCAAGUACUCUAUAAAAUGGUUGUCAAAAUUAUUAGAAAUUUAAAAAACGUUCUCACAGAAAAACUUUAAAAAUAUAUUAUGGAAUUCUUUAACGACUGCAUUGCAGUUGGUGUAGAUUUAAUACUGCUAGGGUUUUGUGUCCAUGAAUUUGUACGCAGCAAACGAGCCACCCAAGCUCUAAAGGCAGCAAAGCAAUAUAAAAUAGAUGACACGCUGAAAUCACUUGUGGAAAAGCAACCUGGGAAGAAGAUCUCCUAUGCCUUAAUUCGCGGAGUAGUAACACCCAUUGGUGUUCCCCUUGAGAGUUCCCUGGUGCCCAGGGUAAAUGGAGUCCUACAGAUUAUAAGGCUUUAUGAGCACAAGAUAGCCAAGGGAAUCUCUGGUUUCUGGCAGCAGAAGCACCAAUUACUCCAAGAGUCCGCCAACGAAAUGCCUUUUGAGUUGCGUAACCAAGAACAUAGUGUGCAGAUUGUGGACGCUUUAAAGGCAUCAAUUUUGGAUGUGGACACGGUCUAUGACAACUUCGAACCCUCCUCCCUUUCGAUUUUUGAUUAUAUAUGCGGUUUCUUUUCUGGAGUCCGCCAAAAGGGGUUACAAACCACCGAGGAGGUUUUGAAAGAAGGAAGCUUCCUAACCGCCAUCGGAGAAUUAAAGUUGGAUGGUGACACUCUGCGCAUGCAGACAUCCCAAGAGGGGCCUCUGGUCCUUACCACCGCCUCAAAAUCCAUGCUUAUCAAGAGAUUGGAAGAUGCCCAUAGAUCUCUUAUCUUCAAGCUGGUCGUUUGCAGUGCGAUUUCCUUAGUCCUGGUUGCUUUUGUUGCAAGGAAGAUUUACAGGCGGAGUAAACGAAAGAUGGAGGAAGCCAGCAUACACAACCGCCUGGAGACGCAACGCAAGAGGGAUCCAUCUGUUCAUUUACCGCAGGAUCAGCUCUGCGUGGUGUGCGCCUCAAAUCCAAAAGAGAUAAUCCUCUUUCCCUGUGGUCACGUCUGUCUCUGCGAGGGCUGCGCUCAGAAAAUCAGCAUCUCCUGCCCUGUUUGUCGUUGUAAAAUCGCCUCCAAGGCAGCCGCCUUUAUCGGCUAAACUUCAACGCUAAUCACUAUAUAUAUAUUUUAAAUGAUUUUAUUUAUU